AUGGCACCGCUCUCUACACUGGCCAAAGGGCCCUCGACGACGGCUUCUUUUCAAUUUAUCGACUGCCCUCCAAACCAUGAUGGAGAUGCGAUGUACUACGCUGGGACCCUCCAGGCUCCCGAAAGCAACACUCGUUUAGACCCUCAGAAAGCAACAGUCUCUGACAUUCCUGUCCAAGAUCUGAGGGGUUCUGAAGCCUUUCUCUCUCUUGAUGUCCAUGGCCUGCAAUUCCUCAACUACCCCUACUUUCGCUCCGUUCGCGUGGACUCGAGCACGCAAGAGAUCAUGGCGUAUCUGAGCGACAUGACUGCUACGGUCAAGAACCUCUUCAAAGCCGAGAUGGUCUUUUGCUUCGACUACAAGUUCCGCAAGAAUAUGAACUACCUGGGAGAAGGCGACUUCAAUCAGAUCCUCAAGGACCUGGCAUUGACGAACGACCGCUCCAUCGCCGACCCAGCCUCGUUCAUGACGCACGUGGACGCCACUCCUGCAGGCGCCAUGAGGCGACUCCGUAGAUAUAUGACUGAGAAAGAAUGCCAGCAAUACUUGGACCAUCCGGAAAAGUACCGUGUCCGCAUCAUGAACGUCUGGCGGCCGGUUGCACACAUGGUUUACGAUCGCCCGCUGGGCAUCUGCGACUUUUUCUCGACGGUUCCCCAGGACUACGUGCCUGUGCAGUUCCACACAUCUACCGAAAAUGUGGGAGAGGUGUACUGGCUGCGAUACAACAAAGGCCAACAGUGGUAUUACAUCAGCUCCCAAACGCCCGAUGAGUUGCUUCUCUUUCUUAACUACGAUUCGGAUUAUCGGGAUGGCCCCAAAUGCAUUCCUCAUUGUUCCUUUCAGCAUCCGGAUUACCCGGACUCCAGCGACCGUCAGAGCUUGGAACUGCGAAUGGCGGUCAUCAGCCGGAAGAGGGACUGA